AUGCCUUUUGGAUCUAAAGAGAGGCCAUCUUUUUUUGAAAUUUUUAAGACGCAGUGCAACAAAGCAGAUUUAGGACCAAUAAGCCUUAAUUGGUUUGAAGAACUUUCUUCAGAGGCUCCACCCUAUAAUUUUGAACCUGCAGAAGAAUCUGAAUAUAAAAUCAACAGUUAUGAACCAAGUCUAUUUAAAACACCACAAAGGAAACCCUCUUAUCAGUUAGCUUCAACUCCAGUAAUAUUCAAAGAACAAGGUCAGACUCUACCACUAUACCAGUCUCCUUUAAAUGAAUUAGGUGAAUACACAUUAACCUUGGGAAAAGAUAUUGCCAAUAGUGAACUUAAAAAUCAUCGCACCAUGAAGGCUAAAGUGGAUCAAGCAAAUGAUGUUGCCAGUCCACCUCUAAAUUCUUGUUUCAGUGGAAGUCCUCUUGUUCUACGAUGUACACAGAUAACACCACAAAGGCAAAAGCCAGUGACAGGUGGAAGUUUAUUUAAUACGCCCCGGCUUAUGAAGAGUGAGACACCAAAACAUAUUUCUGAAAGUCUCGGAGCUGAGGUGGAUCCUGAUAUGUCUUGGUCAAGUUCUUUAGCUACACCUCCAACUCUUUCUUCUACUAUGCUCAUAGUCAGAAAUGAGGAAGAAUCUGAAACUAUAUUUCCUAAUGAUACUGUGAUUUUGAAGCACUCUUUGUCUAACUAUGAUGAAAAUCUAAAGAAAAAUGAUAUCCCUUUUGUGAUAGAAAGUGAAAACAAAAAUGAAAGAGAAACUAGCCAUCAUGGAUUGGGAAAAAUGGUAGGAAAUUCAUUUGGUAAAGUAAGUAGCUGCAAAGAUCACUAUGGAAAGUUAAUACCAAAUCCCCUAGAAGAUGAAGUACAUGAAGCAGUCAAAGACACUUUUGAAGAAGAUUGUUUUUCACUGUAUUUUUCCAAGUAUAAAACAGGAAAUCUACAAAAAACAAGCAAGAUUAGGAAAAAAAUUUUCCAUGAAGAAAGAACUAAUGACCGCAGAGAAGAAGCUAAAAAACACAUGAAAGAAAAUAAACAUUCAUUUGCAUCUGAAGUGGAACCAAGUGAUAGUGAUCCUUUAGGUUCAAAAGUACCAAGUCAGAAGCCUUUUGGCCAUGGCAGUGACAGAAUCUCCAAGGAAGCUGUACCAUCUUCAGGCUGUGAAUGGUCUCAGUUAACACUCUCAGGUCUAAAUGCAACCGAGAUAAAGGAAAUAGCUCUAUUGCCUAUUUCAUCUUAUGACCAAAAUAAUUCUGAAAAAGACUUAAUAGAUAGUGAAAAAGAAAGUGGGAACCAUAGUACUUCAGAAAAUUGUUUGCCACCUUUUUCUAAUCUACCAGAGAAUAUAUCACCUGGGAAAAAACCUGCAGGUGAGCGAGAUAAAGAGCAGCAUCUUGAAUCUAAUAAAGACUCCAUUCUUGCAGUGAAAGAGGCCAUUUCUGGGACUUCUCCAGUAACUCCUCUAUUUCAGGAUAUCAAAAGCUCUAUAUUCAAGAUGAGAGAAUCAUCUGAAGAGACUUUUAGUACAGUUUUCUCAGAUAACAUGAUCAAUCCAAACUUCAAAGAAGAAACUAAAGCCUCUACAAGUGGGCUGGAAAUACAUACUGUUUGUUCACAGAAAGAAGAUUCUUUAUGCCUCAGUUCAGUUGAUAAUGGAAGCUUGCUGGCCACUAUCACACCUUCUUCUGUAACUUUGAAGAAUACAGGUUUAAUAUCCACUUUGAAAAAGAAAACAAAAAAGUUUGUUUAUGCUGUAAAUGAUGAAGCAUCCUGUCAAAGAAAAAAAGUACAGAAAGAUCAAAAAACAGAACUAACUAGUCAUUCGCCCCAGUUUGAAGCAGAUGUUUUUGAAACAUCACUUACAUUUGCAAAUGCUGGUGCAGGUUUAUGGUAUUCUUCUGUGAAAAGAAACUGUUUACAGAAUGAUCCUGAAGAGUUGACCUCUUUAACCAGCUGUUCUAGGACAAAUCUGAGAAAAUGUUCCAAUAAUGAAAGUAAUUAUAUUAAUACAAUAAUAUCUCAAGAUCUUAAUUAUAAAGAAGCAAAACUUAAUAAAGAAAAACUACCGUCACUUACAUCUCCAGAUACUGAUUUUUUGUCAUGCCUGCAGAAAAGACAGUGUGAAGAUGAUCCAAAAAGCCAGAAAGUUUCAAAUAUAAAAGAAAAUGUCUUGAUUGCAGUAUAUCAGCCUGAAGUUCAGCAUUCAGAAGUAAAAUAUAGUGAUAUUCCAUUUCAGUCACAGAAAAGCUUUUUUGAUGGCCAUGAUAAUACCAGCCCUCUUACAUUGCCUCCUACCUCCAAGGAUCCUCUUUCAAAUCCAGUUGGGAUUUCUGAAGGAAAGGAAUCACGCAAAAUAUCAGAGAGCCUAAACUGUAAGAAUUGUGACACUGAUUGUGAAUUAGCUGAAAAUAUUUCCAUUGAAAAAGAUCAAGGAAUAUAUGUUUUAAAUGGAAAUUAUGAAAAAGUCGAGCUGUUACCUCCUGAAAAAUACGUAGCAGCAUCACCUUCAGUGAAGAUACCAUUCAACCGUAAUACACAUCUAACCGUUAUCCAAAAAGAUCAAGAAGAAACUUCUGUAAUUUCAGAAAUGACUACCAAUCCAAAUUCUGAAGAACUUUUCAUAGGCAGUGAGAGUAAUUUUGUCUUUCAAAUAACUGAUGAAAGGAAUAGCCCUGUUUUAGGAACGACGAAGGAAAUUCAUAGAUCAGACUGUAGUUUUAUAAAAGAGCCCAUUCUCCAGAACUCUGCUUUGGUAGUAGAUACAGAUGUAGGUGACAAACAAGUGUCCCAAGUGCUGAUUACUGAAGAUUUUGACCCAUCAAAUAUAAUACAUGAUCUUAAAGAGAAUAAAAGCAGUAUAAAGCAGCACCUAGCAUCAGAUCAAGACUUGAAAUCAGAUAUCUCCUUGAAUAAGAAACCAAACAGAAAUAAUGAUUACACACACACAAUGACAGGGAUUUUAGAUCCAGUUUCGAGUCACAGUUUUGGAGGUAGCUUCAAAACAGCUUCCAAUAAAGAAAUAAAAAUCUCUGAACAUGACAUUAAGAAAGGCAAAAUGCUCUUCAAAGAUAUUGAAGAACAAUAUCCUACUAGUUCAUCUUCUUUUGAAAUUGUAAAUACCUUUCUAAAUAACCAAAAGAAAUUAAAUAAGCCUCAUGUAUGUGAUUCACAGUCAGUUAGCUCUGUGUCUACUUAUGUCCAGAGCAGUGCAUCUGUUUCUCAUGGUGAAAUUAACCACACAGCCUUCCAGAUGUUAUCUUUAAAGCAAGAUUGUCAUUUAAACUAUAAUUUAACACCUAGCCAAAAAGCAGAAAUUACAGAACUUUCUACUAUAUUAGAAGAAUCAGGGAGUCAGUUUGAAUUUACACAGUUCAGAAAACCAAUCCACCUAAUACCUAGUAAUACACUUGAAGUGCCUGGAAACCAGAUUACUGCCUCAAGUACCACUUCUGAGGAACUGAAACAUGUUGAUCUUCAUCCUGCAAUGAAUGCCUCAUCUACCAGUCAGGUAGAUAGCAGUAAAAAAUUUGAAAGAGCACUUGGGGAAAAACACAAGUUUGCUUGUUUACUGCAAAACAAUCCUAACCAAAGUGCUGCUGGUUUUUUAACAAAUGAAAAGGAAGUAGAGUUUAGAGGUUUUUAUUCUUCUCUUGGCACAACAAAACUGAAUGUUUCUAGUGAAGCUCUCCAAAAAGCCUUGAAACUGUUCAGUGACAUUGAGAAUAUUAGUGAAGAAACUUCUGCUGAAGUAGACCCAAGUUUCUGUUCAAGGAGAUGUUCUGAUUCUGUUCUUUCAGUGUUGAAGAUAGAAAAUCAUAACACUGAUAAAAAUUUAAAUGAGAAAAGCAAUAAUGGCCAACUAGUAUUACAAAAUAAUGAUGAAAGAACUACCAGCGUAUUUGUUGAAGAAAAUACUGAAAAUUACAUGAGAAAUACAGAAAAUAAAAAUAAUGAAUAUAUUGGUGCUUGUGGAAAUACUUGCAAAUUGAGACAGCUUGGUGACACUGAUUCAAGCAAAAAUGGUACAGUUUAUAUUCAUAAAGAUAAAAAUGAUUUUCCAUGUAGUGAUCAGCAUAAUAUACAUCUUAAAUCAUCUAGCCAGUUUAUGAGUGAGCUAAAUACACAAAAAGAAAGUUUAUCAGAUUUAACUUGUUUGGAAGUUGUAAAGGCUGAAGAAACAUGUUAUAUUAGUUCAAAUAAAGAACAGUUAACUGCAAGUGAGAUGGACCAAUAUGCAAAUAAUUUUGAUAUAUCAUUUCAGACUACAAGUGGGAAAAAUAUCAGAGUCUCCAAAGAGUCAUUGAAUAAAGUUGUAAAUUUCUUUGAUCAGAAACCAGAAGAGUGGAAUGACUUUUCAGAUUCCUUGCAUUCUGAAUUACUUUCUGGCAGAAAGAACAAAAUGGACCUCUCAAGUCAUGGGGAAACAAAUAUGAAAAACAAAAUAUUGGGAGAAAGUACCCCAGCUUGUACUGGAACUGAGUUAAGUUUCCUGCAACAACCUGAAUAUAAAAUAGGAAAUAUCAAAAAACCUAACCUGUUGGGGUUUUAUACAGCUAGUGGAAAAAAAGUAAAUAUUUUAAAGGAAUCUCUGGACAAAGUGAAAAAUCUGUUCAAUGAAAACUGGCAAGAUGGUAGUAAAAUAACCAAAUUGGGCCCUCAAGUAGCAAAGAGCCUAGAAGACAAAGAGGACUGUAAAGAAGGGCUUGAAUUAGUAUGUGAGACAGUUGAGAGGACAGCUGUCCCAAAGCAUGAAAUGCCCAACCUGAGUAAUAGUUUACACAGACAACCUGAAAAUCUCAAAACAUCAAAUAGUAUCUCUUCAGAAGUGGAAGUACAUGAAAACGUAGAAAUAGAAACAAAUCCCCCUAUAACUUCUGGCACAAGUCAGUUCCCUUACUCAGCUAUUAACAAUUUACCUUUAGCAUUUUACACAGGACAUGGUAACAAAAUUUCUGUGAAUCCGGCUUUACUAUUUGAGAUGACAAAGUGGCUGAAAAGAGAAUUGGAUGAUGAACAAGAAGAAAUAAAUGCUGCUAAGGUUGUAUGUGUAAAGGAAUAUUCUCAGAAUUAUGUGGGAAAUCCUUCAAAUAAUAUUAGUUCAAGUAGCAUCAUAACUGAAAAUGACAAAAUUCAUAUCUCUGAAAAACAAGAUUUAACUCAUUUGAGUAGCAGUAGCAUGUCUGACAGCUACUAUUUUGAUGUUUGUCAUUCUGAUGAUACAUAUGAUGAUUCAGGAUAUUUCUCAAAAAAUAAAUUUGAUUCUGGUGUUGAACUAAGCGUGAAUGUCAAAGAUAAAAAGAACACUGGCUUUUCUGAAGUAGUACCCGCUGUAAAAGAAGUAAGCACAUAUCCACAAGCCAUAAAUGAAGAUGUUUAUGUUCAGAAACCUGUGACUAACUCUUCACCAUGCAAAAAUAAAAAUACAGCCAUUAACUUGGCUGUAACUGAUUCAGAUAAUUUUGAGGUAGGGCCCCCUGCAUUCCAUACAGCCAGUGGUAAAAUGGUCUUUGUUUCACAAGACUCAACUAAAAUAGUAAAAAAUAUAUUUACAGCAAACUGCAAUAAGAUAAUUAACCAAAACACUGAGAAUAAAUCAGACAUUUGCCAAAGAAUAUCUGUGACAACUUAUAAUAAGCCAUUGGAUAAUUCAGAGGAUGUUAUUUUUCCUAACUCUCUAGAUGAUGAAAAAUGUGAGCACUCCAGUGAGAACUUUGCUGAUACUCAAAGUGAAAGUUUACAACGUAACAAAAGUAUGUCUGGGCUAGAGGGAGUUUGUGAAAGACCAUCUUGUGUUAGCUUGGAAGCUUCAGAUACAUGUAAACUUAAUAUAGGGAAGCUUCCAAAGCCGAUCUCUUCUACAGGUGUUCGUGGAAUUUUUAGCACAGCAAGUGGAAAAUCUGUAGAAGUAUCAGAUGGUUCGUUACAAAAGGCAAGACAGAUGUUUUCUAAAUCGGAAGAUAGUGCCAAGCAACUGUUUUCCAAAGUAUUUAAAAGUAAUGAACAUUCAGACCAAUUCACAAAAGAAGAAAACUCUAUAAUGCAUACCCCCCUAAAAGUGCUGUUACCUCCAAAAAACUUCCAGCAUAAUGCAAGUUCAUCUGCUUUCUCUGGAUUUAGCACAGCAAGUGGAAAACAGGUUUCAGUUUCAGAAAGUGCCUUACACAAAGUUAAGGGAAUGUUAGAGGAAUUUGAUUUAAUAAGAACUGCUUCUACUGUUGAGCAUUCACCUUCAUCUAGACAAGAUGAAUUGGAAAUACCUCUUUGUAUUGAUAAGAGAACUCCAGAACACUCUAUAGACUUUAAAACAGAAAAAAACUGCAAUAAUGAACUCAAAUUACCAAGUAACAAUAGUACUGAAGGAAGUUCUUUAAAAAGUAAUGACUUUGUUAAAGUUUCUCCAUGUCCCUCUCAGUUUAAGCAAGACAAACAACUUGUAUUGGGAGCCAAAGCAUCACUACUUGAGAAUACUCAUCUUUUGAAGAACGAACAGGCUUUCCCAAAAAAUGAAAUGGAAAUUGGUAAAAUUGAAACUUUUUGUAGUGAUCCUGUGCAAAUAAGUGCAGAAGUGUGUUCUUAUCACAAAGAACCAAAAACCUACUUUGAAACAGAAGCAAUAGAGAUUGCCAAAGCUUUUAUGGAAGAUGAUGAGCUGACUGAUUCUGUACCACCAGGUCAUCGUACACGUACACACUCACCUUUUGCAUACCAAAAAAAUGAAAGGGUUUUGUUAAAUUCAAGAACUGGAAAAAGAAGAGCAGGUGCUCUUGUUUCAGUUGGAGAAUCCCAAAUCAAAAGAAGCUUGUUGAAUGAAUUUGACAGGAUAAUAGAAAAUGAAGAAAAAUCUUUAAAAGCUUCAAAAUGUACUCCAGACGGUACAAUAAAAGAUAGAAAGCUGUUUACGCAUCACAUUUCUUUAGAGCCAGUUACCUGUGGACCCACUUGCACAACUAAUGACCAGCAAGGAAUCCAGAAUCUAAAUUUUAUUGCACCUGAUCAAGAAUUUCUACCUAAACUUUAUCUUUGUGAACACUCAACUUUGGAAAAAUCUUCAAACAGUUUACCAGUUUCAAGACAGCCAUUUUAUAAAGUUCCUACUGUAAGAAAUGAAAGAGUAAGAUUCUCGACUACUACAGGCAAAGCAACCAAAGUGUUUGUUCCACCGUUCAAAACUAAAUCACAUUUUCACAGAGAUGAAUAUUGUGUGAGCAAGGAUAUUAAUUUAGAGGAAAACAAACAAAAACAAAAUAUAGAUGAAUAUGGCCCUGGUGGUAAUGAAAAUAAUGUCAGUAACAGUGAGAGUCAUCAGUUUAACAAAAACAGCUCCAGUCAAGCAACAGUCAAAAUUUUCACGAAGUGUGCAGAACCUUUAGAUUUAAUGGCAAGCCUCCAGAAUGCUAGAGAAAUACAGGAUAUUCGAAUUAAAAGAAAAGAAAGGCAGCAUAUCUGCCCUCAGCCAGGUAGUCUGUAUCUGGCAAAAACAUCCACUGUGCCUCGAAUCUCUCUGAAAGCAGCAGUAGGAGGCCGAAUUCCCUCCGCAUGUUCUCAUAAACAGCUUUAUAUGUAUGGUGUAUCUAAACACUGCAUGAAAAUUAACAGCAAAAAUGCAGAAUCUUUUCAGUUUCACACUCAGGAUUACUUUGGUAAGGAAGAUUUACAGUUUGGAAAGGGAAUACAGUUGGCUGAUGGUGGAUGGCUUAUACCUGACAAUGAUGGAAAGGCUGGAAAAGAAGAAUUUUAUAGGGCUUUGUGUGACACCCCAGGUAUAGAUCCAAAGCUUAUUUCCAGAAUUUGGGUGUAUAAUCACUACAGAUGGAUUAUAUGGAAACUGGCAGCUAUGGAAUUUGCUUUUCCUCAGGAAUUUGCUAAUAGAUGCCUAAAUCCAGAAAGGGUCCUUCUUCAACUAAAAUACAGAUAUGACAUGGAAAUUGAUAGAAGCAGAAGAUCAGCUAUAAAGAAGAUAACGGAAAGGGAUGAUACAGCUGCAAAAACACUUGUCCUCUGUGUUUCUGACAUUGUUUCAUCCAACAUGAAUACAUCUGAAACCUUUAGCAAUAGAACUAGUAGUUCAAAUACCAAGAAAGUGGCCAUUAUCGAACUUACAGAUGGGUGGUAUGCUGUCAAAGCUCAGCUAGACCCUCCUCUGUCUGCUCUCAUAAAGAAUGGGAGACUGGGUGUGGGUCAGAAGAUCAUUGUCCAUGGAGCAGAACUGGUGGGCUCUCCAGAAGCCUGUUCACCUCUUGAAGCCCCAGAUUCUCUUAUGUUAAAGAUAUCUGCUAACAGUACUCGACCUGCUCGCUGGUGCACCAAGCUGGGGUUCUUUCGCGACCCUCGGCCAUUCCCUCUCCGCCUGCCAUCACUGUUCAGUGAUGGAGGAAAGGUUGGUUGUGCUGAUGUCAUUGUGCAGAGAGUAUACCCUGUACAGUGGAUGGAGAAGACAUCAUCCGGAUUAUACAUAUUUCGCAAUGAAAGAGAAGAAGAAAAGGAAGCAGCAAAACAUGCAGAGAUCCAACAGAAGAAACUGGAAAUCUUAUUCACUAAAAUUCAAGCAGAGUUUGAAGAGGAUGAAGCAAAUACAGCAAAAUGGUGUGCAUCAUCACCUGCUCUAAAGAGACAGCAAGUGUGUGCUCUGCAGGAUGGGGCAGAGCUUUAUGAAGCGGUGAGACAUGCACCAGACCCAGAUUACCUAGAGGGUUGUUUCAGUGAAGAGCAGAUAAGAGUGUUGAACAAUUACCGACAGAUGUUGAAUGACAAGAGACAGGCGCAGAUCCAGGUGGAGUUCAGGAAGGCCAUGGAAUCUGCUGAGCAGGAGGACCUGGGCCUAUCAAGGGACGUCACAACUGUGUGGAAGUUGCGUGUUGUAAGCUAUGAGAGGACAGAAAGUUAUUCAGUUAUAUUGAAUAUAUGGCGACCAUCAUCAGAUUUAUAUUCACUCUUAACAGAGGGAAGGAGAUACAGAAUUUAUCAUCUUGCAGCGUCACAAUCUAAAAGCAAAUCUGAAAAAGCCAGUAUACAGUUAACAGCAACAAAAAAAACUCAAUAUCAACAAUUAACGGCUUCAGAUGAAAUAUUAUCCCAAGUCUAUCACCCAAGGGAGGCCCUUUGCUUCAACAGACUGUUAGAUCCAGACUUUCAGCCGUCUUGUUCUGAGGUGGACCUCAUUGGAUUUGUAAUUUCUGUUGUGAAAAAAAAAGGUCUCACUCCUAUAGUCUAUCUGACAGAUGAAUGCUAUAAUUUUUUGGCAAUAAAAUUUUGGAUAGAUCUUAAUGAAGAUAUUGUUAAACAUCACAUGUUAAUUGCUGCAAGCAACCUCCAGUGGCGACCAGAAUCCUACUCUGCAAUUCCUACUUUAUUUGCUGUAGAUUUUUCCAUGUUUUCUGCCAGUCCAAAAGAGGGUCACUUUCAAGAAAGAUUCAACAAGAUGAAAAAUAUUGUUGAGGAUUUUGACACAUUUUGCAAUGAUGCAGCAAAGAAGCUCACACAGUUGCUCAGUGUACCUGAUCCCAGGUGGCCCACCCCGUCCAAAGACUGCACAACAGCACCACACACUGCUCAGAUCACUGGGACCAAGAGCCUGAUGUCUCCUCCUAGUAGUGAGAUAAAUUAUCAAAGUCCUUUAUCACUUUGUUCGCCAAAAGGCAAGUCUGUGUCCACACCCAUAUCAGUCCAAAUAACUUCAAAGUCUUGUGAAGGGGAAAAAGCAAUAAAUGACCCAAAAAACUGCAAAAAGAGAAGAGCUCUGGAUUUCCUGAGUCGAGUGCCUGUACCGCCACCUGUGAGUCCCAUUUGUACAUUUGUUUCCCCGGCUGCACAGAAGGCCUUCCAGCCACCACGGAUUUGUGGCAUGAAGUGUGAAACACCUAAAAAGAAAAAGAAAUUGAAUUUUCCUCAGCUGACUCCACUUAAAAAAAACAGUGAAGUUUCUCUUCUGGAAAGCAACUCAAUAGCUGAUGAAGAACUUGCAGUAAUAAAUACCCAAGCCCUCUUGUCUGAUUCUGCAGGAGAAAAUCAUCUUCCCUCUAUCAGUGAAUCCAGGAAGACUGCUCCUUCCAGUUCAGAAGAUUACCUUGGACAGAAGAGCCAUUGUACUGUGUCUUUGGUCAAAGAGCAAGAGAAUUCCCAAGCCAGCACAGAAGAACGUAAGAGCAACUUGCAGGACACAAGUAGGACAAAGAAUUUAUCUAAGAGAUUGCAACGGCAACAAAAACAUAAACAGCAGUAGUUACUAACUCUUAACCUUUCCCGUGUGUAGUACAAUUUCAAACUGCCUUCCAUAUUUGCCUAACAAGAGAAGCCAUGACUAAUAGUUUCACAUUUGCCUAUUUGCGUAUCACAGAUGUUCUUUGCCUGAUUGUUUCAACUGUAUGUCUUAAAACUGUACAUUAAUAAUCAAAAAACAUUUAAAUCUUGCA